AGCAUCAGCUGAAUCAGAAACCUGGCAGGUGAGGCGGACAGGCUCAAUCAGAAGACUCAGGAGAGUGGACAGAGCUUUUUGAAGAAGAAAAAAAACGCUUUAUAGGUGUAGGAAGAAACUAUUAGGAGUUGUUGGAAAGCUGUAGUUGGAUGUAAAAAUAGGCCAGAAAAGCCAACAGGUUGGGCGCUAUUAUUCUAGAAUUUAGAAUCAAGACAUCUUCGCUUUGUCAGUUUCUGAUAAUUAAAUUGAAAAGAUCAACCGCAGUGGAGUUUUGAGAUCUUUUUAAAAAUUCUUAGUAGUAAAGGAGGUUGAAGCAUCAGUGUCAAAAUGUGUUCAGGCAGCUUUGCCAAGUGCCUGGGGAUCACUCUGAUGCCUCUGGCGAUUGUGUGUGUGCUGUGUAACAUCCUGCUCUUCUUCCCCGGGGGGAAAUCUGUGGACAGCGAUCACAUCACACAGCAAGUCUGGUACUUUGGAGGCAUCCUGGGAUCUGGAGUUCUGAUGAUCUUCCCGGCUCUGGUCUUUCUGGGUCUGAAGAACAAUGACUGCUGCGGUUGCUGUGGCAACGAGAGCUGUGGGCGCAGAUUUGCGAUGCUGAGCUCCAUUCUGUUUGCAGCUGUGGGUGUUGUGGGAGCUGGUUACUCAGUUACAGUUUCUGCUGUGGCCAUAAACCAUGGACCUAUGUGUGUGACUAACAUUAAUGGCACAGUCAAAGAGUGGGGCACUCCCUUCUCAAAUGGUGACUACCUGUCCAACAAAAGCUCCUGGACAGCUUGUUUAGAGCCAAGCGGCGUGGUGUCCUGGCAUGUCUCGCUGUUCGCCGUGCUGCUGGUCAUGGGUUUGAUCCAGAUGGCGCUGUGUGCUGUGCAGGUGGUGAACGGCCUGCUGGGAUGCCUGUGUGGGGACUGCUGUGGCUGCUGUGGAGGGAGCGAUGGGGCCGUCUGAGCACUUCCUACAGCUGCGAGAGUCUGCAGGUGGCUGUGUCCUGUAUUUAUUCUGUUUCUAGAGGGUGACCGUUUUUUCUCGUUUCAAGCUGUGGCUAUAAGUUUUUGCAUCAGAGCUCAUUGAUUACAUUGUGUGUAUCUAACAACACUGGUGAAAUGACAGAGCUCUAAUUUAAAGAGUUUCCCAUUUACUCUAUGGCGAACACCAUGACUUCUCAUUAUUAAAUCUGAGUGCUCUAAAUAACACUAACCACUGUAGUUAAUCAAUUUCCCUCCUUUUAUAUAUUUUGUAUCAGUUUCUUUAAGUAUUUUGUAUCUCAUCAAACUUAAACAAAUGAAGCAACAUGUUAGAAAAAUUAGUUCACAAAAAAGAGUUCACAUGACUGCCCCCUGCUGGGUAUUUUUGGUGUUGCAUGAGUCUGUUGGGGGUUAAAAGGUCAUGGAGACUAUAGACUACAGCAUCAAUAAAAUCAUGCAUGGUUUACUUCUCACUGACAAACUGUGCUAAAAGAAUCAAAAGUACUUUAGUAGAAAGUGUUCAUUCAAAAUGCUUUUUCUGCAAAUAUGUAAUGCUUUUUUGUAUCUGGGCUCUCUUUUUCUCUUUUGAGACAUGACAUACUGUAUGCUGGCCUGCUCAUGGGUCACUAACCCGCAGAUGUGUUAUUAAAAUAUCUUUUGUCUCGCUU